GUUGCGUGUUUAACAAUGUCCUCAGUGGGAACGCCGUUUCCAGUCCUUUUUUAUUUUGGAUAUUUGACCCUGCUGCUAGCAGGAGUAACAGCGAGUUCUGCGGAGGAGCAGCAGAGCAAACAUGUGUUGGGCCUGCCGUGUAUCGCCUCUCUGGUGCGGACAGUGGAGGAGACGCCUGACCCCAUUAAAACCACCGUCCACGGGAACAUCCCAGCCUGGAUCAGUGGCAGCCUCCUGCGGAACGGGCCGGGCAAGUUUGAGUUCGGCAACCAGAGCUUCAACCACUGGUUUGAUGGAAUGGCCCUUCUUCACCAGUUCAAGAUGGAAGGUGGCCAGGUGACCUAUAAGAGCCAUUUCCUGCGUAGCGACAGUUACAAGGCCAACAGCGAGAACAACCGUAUCAUGGUGUCAGAGUUUGGGACCCUUGCUGUGCCAGACCCCUGCAAGAACUUUUUCCAGCGUUUUAUGUCCUUCUUCGAAAUGCCAAAGCCCACAGACAAUGCCAGCGUCAACUUUGUGAAGUACAGGGGAGACUAUUAUGUCAGCACAGAGACCAACUUCAUGCACAGAGUAGACCCUGAGUCCCUGGAGUCAAAGGGAAAGGUGGACUGGAGCAAGUUCAUCGCUGUGAAUGCAGCCACAGCCCAUCCCCAGUAUGACCCUGAUGGAACGACAUACAACAUGGGCAAUUCCUACACCGCUAGAGGGGCCUUCUACAACAUCAUCCGUGUGCCUGCUGAGAAGGCGGGACCUUCCGAGACUCUAGAGGGUGCUGAAGUGCUGUGUACUAUCCCUUCAGCGGACAGAGGCAGACCUUCUUACUACCACAGCUUUGCAAUGUCACAGAAUUACGUGGUGUUCAUAGAACAGCCCAUGAAGAUGGACCUGUUGAAGAUAGUCACCUCCAAACUGCGUGGGAAGCCCAUUAAUGAUGGCAUCUACUGGGACCCCAGUUUGGAUACUGUGUUCCACCUGAUCAGCAAGCACACUGGGAAGCCAUUCUCUGUGAAGUACCACGCCAAGGCAAUGGCCAACUUCCAUCAGAUCAACGCCUUCGAGGAGGAUGGUUUCCUGCUGCUGGACCUGUGCGGCAGUGAUGAUGGGGGGGCCAUCAAUGAUUUCCUCAUUCAGAACCUGCGAAAAUCCGGACAGGCCUUGGACCAGCUGUACGAGUCCGUGCCCAAAGCCUUCCCUCGCCGAUUCGUCUUUCCUCUCAAUGUGGACGACGAUACGCCAAUUCAUCAGAAUCUGAACACCAUUCCCUCCAGCCUGGCCACUGCUGUCAAGGUUUCCAAGGACAAGGUGUUCUGUACCCAUGAAAAUCUCUAUUCUGAAGACCUCCAUGAGUAUGGGGGCCUGGAAUUCCCACGGAUUAACUAUGCAAAAUUCAACGCCGGACCAUACCGCUACUUCUACGGCUGUGGGUUCAGACACCUCCUGGGGGAUUCUCUCCUCAAGAUGGACCUCCAGGGGAAACGACUGAAGGUGUGGCAUCACCCCGGGCUUUUCCCUUCUGAGCCGGUCUUUGUUCCAUCGCCCAACGCCACAGAGGAAGAUGAUGGAGUCAUUCUGUCUGUGGUCCUCACUCCCACCAAGGAAAACAGCACUUUCCUUUUGGUCCUGGAUGCCAGAACGUUUAAAGAGCUUGGCAGAGCCGAGGUUCCUGUAAACAUGCCUUACGGUUUCCACGGCGUGUUCAACAGCAACAACUAGUGCCCUUACUUUCACAGCACAGCUAGUCCCAUUUUAAUAACCACUUUUCCUCUGGAAUAAUUCUCCACACUAACCAAACUGAAGGAAAGGAGGAAGGGCAGAGGAACAGGAGGAAGGGCAGAGGAACAGGAGGAGAGGGAUGAACCACUACAUGCCAGAGCUAGGCUCCACCAUACCAGCAGAGCUGUUCAAUUUAGAACUGCCAAAAGACAUUAUACAGGUGCCUUUCAAAAUAUAAAUAAAAUAGGUCAGAUUUUUAGUAUUUUCAAUGUGCCUUAUUGGAGUACAGUCUCCUGAUACAUUCAUAUUAUUUUGAAUGUAACCCUUUUAUCACUUUAAAUGUUAAAUGUUAAUCAUAUUAUAUCAUACAUAUAUAUAUAUAUAUAUAUAUAUAUAUAUAUAUAUAUAUAUAUAUAUAUAUAUAUAUAUAUAUAUAUAUAUAUAUAUAUAUUAAUCUUUAUUUCACUAUAAUAGUUUUAAAAUUAGUUUAUUAAAACGUAUACUGCAUUCUUUUUUCAGCUGGGUACUAAAAUAGGUUGUCAUGGCUUACAGUACGUGUGAGUUUCAUCCACACCCUGCAGAAAGGCAGUCAGCUUCAGCUAUAGGAAUGGUCAGUAUCAAUCUCCGAUGGUACUCUACUGCUAGGGGUAGUACCAUCACAGAAAUAAGGCUGGUUUCAUGGCCUGAAUAGUCAAGUCAUGUAUGAAAUAUGCUAUACAAAUAAACUUAAGGCAACUCCAAGCACUUUCCAUAAUUCAUAGAAGGACGUUCCAUAAAAGUGUUAUUAAAGUAAAUUAGAAUUAAAAACAAGUUAAAGUGAAAAGAACAGGUAAAACAGCAAAGAUUUAAGUAUAUAUAGCACAGAACAUGAAUGUUUUAAAAGUGGUUAGAGUUUGGGCAUUUCUAAUGUCUGCUGGGUGUUUGUUCCCUUGAGGUCAUUUUUUAACUGUAGACCCAAAACUGAAAAUGGAUAAUCAAAAUUCAAAAUGUUCAAAGUAUUAGCAUUUCAAAAUAAAAUACACAUAUUACAUUUGAAAA